AUGGGCAAUUGCCACACGGUAGGGCCCAACGAGGCGCUGGUGGUUUCAGGGGGCUGUUGUGGUUCCGACUAUAAACAGUACGUGUUUGGCGGCUGGGCCUGGGCCUGGUGGUGUAUCUCCGACACACAGAGGAUUUCCCUAGAGAUUAUGACGUUGCAGCCCCGCUGCGAGGACGUAGAGACGGCCGAGGGGGUAGCUUUAACUGUGACGGGUGUCGCCCAGGUAAAGAUCAUGACAGAAAAGGAGCUCUUAGCCGUGGCCUGCGAGCAGUUCCUGGGCAAGAACGUGCAGGACAUCAAGAACGUGGUCCUGCAGACCCUGGAGGGACACCUACGCUCCAUCCUCGGCACCCUGACUGUGGAGCAGAUAUAUCAGGACCGAGACCAGUUUGCCAAGCUGGUGCGGGAAGUGGCAGCCCCUGAUGUCGGCCGUAUGGGCAUCGAAAUCCUCAGCUUCACCAUCAAGGAUGUGUAUGACAAAGUGGACUAUCUGAGCUCCUUGGGCAAGACACAGACUGCUGUGGUGCAGAGAGAUGCUGACAUCGGUGUGGCCGAGGCUGAGCGGGACGCGGGCAUCCGGGAAGCCGAAUGUAAGAAGGAGAUGCUAGACGUGAAGUUCAUGGCAGACACCAAGAUAGCUGACUCUAAGCGAGCCUUUGAGCUGCAAAAAUCAGCCUUCAGUGAGGAGGUCAACAUCAAGACAGCUGAGGCCCAGCUGGCCUAUGAGCUGCAAGGGGCACGUGAGCAGCAGAAGAUCCGGCAGGAGGAAAUCGAGAUUGAGGUCGUGCAGCGCAAGAAACAGAUCGCAGUGGAGGCGCAGGAGAUCCUGCGCACGGACAAGGAGCUCAUUGCCACCGUACGCCGUCCAGCUGAGGCCGAGGCCCACCGCAUACAGCAGAUUGCUGAGGGUGAAAAGGUGAAGCAGGUCCUUUUGGCGCAGGCAGAGGCUGAGAAGAUCCGCAAAAUUGGGGAGGCAGAGGCCGCGGUCAUCGAGGCAAUGGGCAAGGCAGAGGCUGAGCGAAUGAAGCUCAAGGCUGAGGCCUACCAGAAGUAUGGGGAUGCAGCCAAGAUGGCCUUGGUGCUGGAGGCCCUGCCCCAGAUUGCUGCCAAAAUCGCCUCCCCACUGACCAAAGUCGAUGAGAUUGUGGUCCUCAGUGGGGACAACAGCAAGGUAACGACAGAGGUGAGCCGACUGCUGGCCGAGCUGCCCGCCUCUGUGCACGCCCUCACAGGUGUGGACCUCUCUAAGAUACCCCUGAUCAAGAAGGCCACUGGUGCACAGGUGUGA